AUGAACAAACUCGAUGUGUCUUUCCACACGGUUUACAAGCGCGACGUCAGUUUACGUAACAUGUUGGUCCAUUCCACGGAUCACAUUUCUAUUAAGCAGCCUGGUUCUCGCGCGUGUCAGCGUCCUCGAUGCAACACCUGCUGUCACAUAAGUUGGGUCGCUGUGAUACGAGGCCCGAAAUCUGUCUUUACCAUCUAUGCCGAUGCCCACUUCUUUACAUUGGUGAGACUGGAAGAAACCUUAGGAGUAGUUUCAGCGAACAUCUGCGAAGUAUACGCAACAACACUCCCAGGUUUCCUAUGGCCCAUCAUUUCAACUCCACUGGCCACAGUAUCUCUGAUGUCCAGGUGCGUUGUGUAGCGUUUUGCAAUGGUAAUAUCAUUUAA